ACCAUUUCCCUUCACGCCUCUUACCGAUCAUCUCCUUAUCCAGACCCAAUAUGGAAAACAUCGGCGCCAAUUUUCCGGCGGGUUUAAUCCUCGGUGUUUUGUUCCUCUCCUGUCUUUCCCAUGUUAGAUCCGACGCCUCCGACCACCGUUACAAGGAAGGUGAUCCCGUCCCUCUAUACGCCAACAAGGUCGGCCCUUUCCACAAUCCCAGUGAAACCUAUCGUUACUUUGAUCUGCCUUUUUGUUCUCCGGACCAUGUAAAGGAGAAGAAAGAAGCAUUAGGUGAGGUAUUGAACGGAGACCGGCUCGUGAGUGCUCCUUAUAAACUGAAUUUUAGAGAGGAAAAGGAUUCAUCUGUUGUUUGUAAGAAGAAGCUUUCCAAGGAUGAGGUCGUGUUUUUCCGAAAGGCGGUCGAGAAAGAUUAUUAUUUCCAAAUGUACUAUGAUGAUUUGCCAAUUUGGGGUUUUAUAGGCAAAGUUGAUAAGGAAGGGAAAACCGAUCCCAGCGAGUACAAGUAUUACCUUUACAAGCAUAUCCAGUUUGAUGUGCUUUAUAACAAGGAUCGCGUUAUCGAGAUCAGCACAUGGAUGGAUCCGCAUUCGCUCGUGGACUUGACCGAGGAUAAGGAAGUUGAUGCUGAGUUUAUGUACACUGUGAAAUGGAAGGAAACCGAUAUUCCCUUUGAGAAGAGGAUGGACAAGUACUCCAUGUCCUCUUCUCUGCCGCAUCAUCUGGAGAUACAUUGGUUCUCGAUUAUUAACUCUUGUGUGACAGUUCUACUUUUGACCGGUUUCCUUGCAACAAUUCUCAUGCGGGUCUUGAAGAAUGAUUUCAUUAAGUAUGGUCAAGAUGAAGAAGCAGCCGAUGACCAAGAAGAGACUGGAUGGAAGUAUAUUCAUGGAGACGUGUUCCGUUUCCCAAAGUACAAAUCCCUGUUUGCUGCUGCUCUUGGAUCUGGAACUCAGCUUUUCACUUUAACAAUCUUCAUUUUUAUGCUGGCAUUGGUUGGUGUCUUUUAUCCGUACAACCGGGGAGCUCUGUUUACUGCCCUGGUGGUCAUAUAUGCGCUCACGUCAGGGAUUGCGGGUUAUGUAGCAACUUCUUUCUACUGUCAGCUUGAAGGGACGAACUGGGUUAGGAAUCUGUUAUUGACUGGCUGCCUUUUCUGCGGACCCUUGUUUCUUACGUUCUGCUUCCUUAACACAGUUGCUAUUGCUUACAGUGCAACUGCCGCACUACCUUUUGGAACUAUCGUAGUAAUUGUCCUCAUAUGGACACUUGUGACAUCUCCGUUGCUUGUUCUGGGUGGUAUCGCUGGCAAAAAUAGCAAGGCUGAGUUCCAAGCUCCUUGCCGCACCACUAAAUAUCCUCGAGAGAUUCCCCCACUGCCUUGGUACAGGAGUGCCAUUCCUCAGAUGGCAAUGGCUGGAUUUCUUCCAUUUAGUGCUAUCUACAUCGAGCUUUACUACAUAUUUGCGAGUGUCUGGGGCCACAGGAUUUAUACCAUAUACAGCAUCUUGUUUAUCGUCUUCAUAAUCCUUCUGAUCGUCACUGCUUUUAUUACUGUUGCUUUGACAUAUUUCCAACUUGCUGCUGAAGAUCAUGAAUGGUGGUGGAGGUCUUUCCUAUGUGGUGGAUCAACUGGCAUCUUUAUCUAUGCCUACUGCUUGUAUUACUACCAUGCACGAUCCGAUAUGUCUGGUUUUAUGCAAACGUCGUUCUUCUUUGGUUACAUGGCCUGCAUCUGCUAUGGAUUCUUCCUCAUGCUCGGGACUGUUGGUUUCCGCGCAUCACUUCUCUUCGUCCGCCACAUAUACAGGUCUAUCAAGUGCGAGUAGCGGGAUUCCUAGCCUGUUGCCAUGGAAAAAUUCUAUGAUUUUGGUUAUAAAAUUAAGUGGAAGAGUGCCAUAAUUGUUGUUAGGUAGCAAACGAGGCAUGCUUUGAUCAUGCCUAAUGGGAGAUCUACAAAAUCUUGUGUUUAUUAAUAUAUGGAUUGUAUGUAAUCAAUUUCCAUGUGACAGAUUUGUCUUU